CAUUUUAACCUCCAAGAACGGGUCCAAUCUGAAUACGGCAUCUUCAUGCUGCAUUAAAUACCAAUCACAUCGUUGGGUGGCAUGCACGUUUCGCUUAGAGCAUUAGUCUUGCAAAUGGCAUCAUCUCAGGUUAGUGCUUUUGGGAGCUCUCAUUCUGUUCUUGGCGUGAUGGACAUGGCCAAGAAACCAGAAAUGGAAAUACCAGAAAUGUAUAUUCGCCCUCAAGAACCUACCAUUUUAUCAGAUGAAACCACUCCCUCGCUAACCAUUCCCGUUUUUGACCUGAACACCUUGCUACAUGAAAAUGCUAGAGAUGCUGAACUUGACAAGUUGUACACAGCAUGCAAAGAUUGGGGUUUCUUUCAGGUUGUGAACCAUGGAGUUAGCUCUCAACUGCUGGAGAAGCUGAAACUUGAGAUUGAGAACUUUUUCAAGCUUCCCAUUGAAGAGAAAAAGAAAUACCAAAUCAGGCCAGGAGAUGUUCAAGGUUAUGGAACUGUGAUCAGAUGUAAAGAGCAAAAGCUUGACUGGGGUGACAGAUUCUACAUGGUGGUCAACCCUGUUGAAAGAAGAAAGCCAUAUCUUCUCCCUCAGCUCCCUUCAUCCUUGAGGGAUAGCUUGGAGUCAUACUUGAGAGAAUUGAGGAAGCUUGGUAUGAGACUUCUUACAUUAUUAGGAAAAGCCAUAAGCAUGGAGAUGAAAGAAGUGGAGGAGUUGUUUGAUGAUGGGAUGCAGUCGGUAAGGAUGACGUACUAUCCACCAUGCCCACAACCAGAGCUUGUUGUAGGGCUCACUCCACACUCUGAUGCAACAGGCAUAACCAUCCUUCACCAAGUCAAUGGAGUGGAGGGUCUGGAGAUAAAGAAAGGUGGGGUUUGGAUUCCUGUGACCUUUCUACCAGAUGCUUUUGUAGUUAAUGUUGGGGACAUUAUGGAGAUUCUCAGCAAUGGGGCCUACACCAGCAUAGAGCACAGGGCUGCAGUGAACAAAGAGAAGGAGAGAAUUUCGAUUGCUAUGUUCUUCAAUCCCAAAUUUGAGGCAGAGAUUGGGCCUGUGAAAAGUUUAUUAAAUUCUGAAAACCCACCUUUGUUCAAAAGCAUGCUCAUGGAAGAUUACUUCAAAGACUUCUUUUCCAGCAAUCUUAAUGGGAGGUCACACUUGGAGAAAAUGAGAGUCAAAACUUUUGACUUGGUAAAAGAUUAAAGUUAACUAGAUAUAUAUAUCAUCAAUAUCCUUUUGUCUGCAUGCAUAUUGUAUAUAGUUAAUUUAUUACUCAAACCCUAAUAGUGCACCUUUUCUACAGUUAAAGUUGAUAUAGGGAUGAACUUAAUUGUGUACGUAACUCAUAUAUUUUACUCUUGUAUAUUAAAAGGAUGUCUUAUAUAUUCUAUAUUAUGAAUUUAUAAGUUUGAGUCAAUUGAGAAAUCCUGUGAAAUAAAAUUACUUAUA